CGUCACGUCUUGAACACUCCCUUGGCCUGCGCUUGUUGGUAAUGGUUUAGAGCCUCAGGAUGUGGGCUUGUCUCCUCACCUGUCUGUUCUGGGCCCUGGCAGCCUCCAUCCCAGCACAGAGGAAGAAAUACUUGUCCUCGAGUAACUGUACAAAGGAUAACGUGGCUGACACCUCAACAACCGCCGUCACCAUGGCUGGGAGGAUCAACAGGCCUUUUUGUGAUGAGUGUGGAGUGUCACAAGUGGAGGCGGGGAAAAUUAUAGGCGGGCAGGAGGCCUCUUUGGGGGAGUACCCGUGGAUGGCGUACCUCGAGGUCGGCUGCGGGGGAACGUUGAUUAAGAGGCAGUGGGUUCUUACCGCUGCCCACUGCUACUACAACCUGAAUAAACCCAAGAGAUACAAGAUUACUCUGGGCAAGACGGACAUAAGCGCCAAUCCUUCCGGCAGCCUUACUUUGAAGCCCAUUAAGGUCAUUCUCCACAAGAAGUACAAGCCAUCGAACUUUGAAAACGACAUCGCUCUCCUGAAGCUGCCUUACCCCAUCACCUUCACGGACACCAUCAAACCCCUGUGCGUGGCUCGGGACAAGGACAUUCUCUUCGGCAGCGCCUCGGUAGCCACUGGAUGGGGCGUGAAGAAGUUUGGUGCUAUCAAACUGCCUAAGGUGUUGCAUGAGGUGACUCUGGACGUGAUCAGUGAGAAGCGAUGCAAGUCUCUCGGCAGUGCUAACAAAAAGUACUUCAUCUGUGCCCUUACCAAGAAGAAGGACACGUGUCAGGGUGACAGCGGCGGGCCCCUCAUGGUGGAGGUGGGCGCGGGGAAGUGGGCACAGGUGGGGAUCGUCAGCCACGGGGAGGGCUGCGCUCUGAAGAAUUCCCCAGGAGUGUACACGAGGGUGCCUGCUUACCUCUCCUGGAUCGCCUCCAAGGCAAACUCCGAGAACUGUUGAUGGAAUGACUCACCAGCCUCGCCGUGGUCCAACUCUGCCUUGUCCUGCCUCGAUCAUAGUCUUGUAUUGCUUCUCUCGUCUCCUGCCUCGUUCUGCCUAACCAUCCCUGCCUUGUCCUAUCUCGCUCUUUCUUUAUCUCCUCCUCCUCGUGUUGCCUCGUCCAACUCCUAUAUCUUUACCUCGUCGCAAUUUUACCAUAAGUUUUGGAUGUGAUUAGGUGAUUUUAUUUACAUUAGGAAGGUCUAUGGAGGUCAGAAGAUUAAUGGCUAGAGUUCUCACUAUUUUAAUCCCUCCAUAAGUUUCUGAAGCUG